GCGGGUGGGUGGAGUUAGGAGCAUGGUAGCCCUGUCGCUUUUCCUUUCUGCUUGUUCCUCGUGUCUGCUCAGAUUAGUUAUUUUCUUGAAGUCAGUCUCUAGCCCAAGGAGAGGUCUCUCGCUUCUUCUAGUUGCAGUACCCGAGAAGUUUACCUUCUGGGUAACUUGUUAGGUGAUCUGUGCUCGACUUCAUGAGUUGGGGAUUUCGUGCAUCUACUGCCCGUCUAGUCUUGUCUGUAAGGAGGUAUCUAGUGUGAAAUACUGUGCCCAUUGAGUUUCUCUUAAGGAACUGAGAUCUGUUUAGUAACAUAUAACUGUGGAGUUUGUGCCAUUUAGAGUGAGCAUUUCUACCCCACAUUGCUUUUAGUGUAGAAAACCGAAAUUCUUUUUUAGGGGGCCGGGGGAGACAGACUUGCUCUUGUUGCCCAGGUUAGAGUGCAGUGGUGCGUUUUCGACUUGCUGCAACCUCUGCCUCCCAGGUUCAAGUGAUUCUCCUGCCUCAGCCUCCCAAGUAGCUGGGACCAAGGCGCAUACCACCACGCCUGACUAUUAUUAGUAGAGACGGAAUUUCGACAUGUUGGCCAGUGACCCAAAAUGACAUAUGUCUGAUCUCAUUUACAUUAUAAUCAUGUUGUUGAAACGUAGCAGUUUACAUGUGGAUUUAUUCAUUCUGGAGAUACAAUGGCAAGGAAACAACUGUGGAAACUACUAAAGUUCCUGGGGAAGCAAAGUAGAAUUUCAUAAGAACAAAAUGGAUGGAGAGGAGAAAACCUAUGGUGGGUGUGAAGGCCCUGAUGCCAUGUAUGUCAAAUUGAUAUCAUCUGAUGGCCAUGAAUUUAUUGUAAAAAGAGAACAUGCAUUAACAUCAGGCACGAUAAAAGCCAUGUUAAGUGGCCCAGGUCAGUUUGCUGAGAACGAAACCAAUGAGGUCAAUUUUAGAGAGAUACCUUCACAUGUGCUAUCGAAAGUAUGCAUGUAUUUUACGUACAAGGUUCGCUACACUAACAGCUCCACCGAGAUUCCUGAAUUCCCAAUUGCACCUGAAAUUGCACUGGAACUGCUGAUGGCUGCGAACUUCCUAGAUUGUUAAAUAAAAUAAAUUAUAAUAAACUGUUAACUCUUUUCAGUAUUUAAUACCUGUAGUUCAGUUAGUAACUUUUUCAUAUAUAGCAUGUUGCCUGUGUGCAGUUGAACUAUAUAAAGUUCAUUGCAAAGCAGAUUAUCUUCUGUUUUUUUGCAUAGCAAUCAAAGUUGAAAUUUGUUUGCUACAUCAACAAAUUAAGGACAUUUUCACAAACUGAGAAAUAAACAAAUAUGCCAAUUCGUA